AUGCCUGCGAAGGACACACCCCAGCGGAAGGCGGCGGACUGCGCGUUGGAGGAGCUCACGUUGGGCGCGGACGGCGCGGCGGUGCAGGGCCGAGUGCGUGUGAAGAACAUGGCGUUCCAGAAGUGGGUCGCGGUGCGGUUCACGUUCGAUUGGUGGCAGACGACGAGCGAGGUCACCGCGCGGUAUGUGCACACCCUCGAGGGCGGCUUGUUCGACGUGUUCGCGUUCACGAUACGCCUGAACGACAUGCUCGCUCGCAUCGAGAAGACGCUUUUCAUGGCGAUCCGGUAUACGGUCGAUGGCAAGGAGAUCUGGGACAACAACGACGGCGAGAACUUCCAGGUCAAGUUCUCCAGACAUUUAGAGCCGCCGCAGCCCUCUCCCGCCCGGCGGUCCAGUCCCAUAGCGAGAGCGAGAAGGAGAAGGAGCAGACCGAGCGGAAGAACAUCUCCGACCUGCGCAUCGAGCUCGAGAAGGUCGCCUCCACACAGUCCACACAGUCGCCCGCGCGCAAGUCGCCCUCGCCCCGCGCUCAACCUCCGCUCGUCGACGCCGCUCUCCGCGCGCUACGACCUCUCCGCGUCAUUUAAGCGGCCGUGGAAGUCACCGUCGCCGGCCGCGCACACGCGCACGAGCACGUACCCCUCU